CAGAUUUCGAGUCCCUUUAAACGCCAUCAUUUGCAGAUACUUUCGAUAGGUAGUAAAUCUGUGAAUUGUGAGCAAUUGUUUCAUGGUGUAGAAAGCGCGAACGCGAAAUCAGACUGUCAAUCAUGGUGGAAUUGUGCUGUUUCCGGCCAGUACCCGACACCCGGCAAUGGCGUUUUUGUGCUCUUAUGUCUUAGCUCUUACUAGAGAACUCUAGCGUUAAUAAGCGAGUAUUCACAUCUGGACGGAUCUUAAUACGUCAAUGCGAAUAUUUAUCGUACGCAAGACGGAACUUUUCAUGCAAUUUCGCGAUAAUCGCGACUAGACGUAAAAGUCCGAGAUCCUCGGACUUAAAGAAGAAAAAAAAUACACAUGAGUUGACGUAAAUUGACGUGAACGCCCCGCCAUCGCUGGAAUCCUUUGGAUGUCAAGAAAGUGCACAGUUCCACAGUUUUUUAAGGUUCUUGAACUUUGAACUGCGCUAUCAGUAGAUCGUUCAAGAUCUUUCUAAACAGAGUGCCGCUGUCAAAAUCUUCGGAGAAACAGACGUGAGAUCCGAGAACGAUGGCACCGGGACGGAGUAACGUUAUCAACAGUAAUCAGCUCAGGAAUUCUAGCUUUUUGUCCAGCAUGCCGGGACAGUCAUCCUUUCAAACUGGAGCUGGAGCCGUUCCACCUCCAUUGCCACCUCGCCAGUCAGCUCAAAGUUAUUUAGGAUAUAACGAUUAUAGACCAUAUGGCUCAAAUUAUGGCUAUGGCAAUUAUGGUAGUUAUGGAUAUGGAGGUUACAGAGGCUAUGGUGGAUCUUUUGGUAGUUACAUUCCCUAUUCUGGUAACAGCUACGGACAAAUUGGAGGACACAGUGGUGAUGUGGAGAACAGGUUUCAACAAUACGCAGAGGAGAGCACAAGAUCGACUUUUCGUAUAGUGGAGACCGUAUUACAUACAUUUUCGUCUAUCACAAUGUUACUGGAAUCAACAUAUUUCGCAUUGACAAAUUCUUUCCGUGCGAUUUUAAGCGUAGCAGAUAAUAUCGGUAGAUUGCGGUCAACAAUUGGCCAGUUAUUAAGCACAUUUGCUUUAAUCCGUGUAAUGAAAUGGAUCUACAGAAGGAUUUUAUUUACACUUGGUCUUCAAACGCAAAAUGCUGUCGUCGAAGACUUGUGGCAGCAAUCAGUGUCACAAUUAACAAACGGAGAACAAAUACCGAUAACGACGGCGACGAACGAAAGGAUUUCUCCUUGGAUGAAUAUUUUACUCCUCGGCGUGUUUGUUGCUAUUCCAUAUCUAAUUCACAAGAUAACGAGUAAUAUAAGGCAAAAUCAAAUAAAAGUUAACGAUCCGAAAGAAUGGGUGAAAUGCGAGGAUCCAGUAUGUGUGGCAACAGCAAUGUACGAUUUCAUGGCAGUUUCUAAUGAGGAAUUGAGCCUGAGAACUGGUCAAAAAAUAUGGUUGGCGCCGCGCUCCCUACAAUCUAAAAGCAUACCAGGUUGGUGGAUAGCCACUGAUAAUAGAAAUGUCGGUUUGGUACCUGCUAAUUAUGUAACUAUAGUCGGACAAUUGAAGAGAAAACCAGAAUCGGAAAGCAAUGGAAAUGUCAUUGCAUCUACGGUAAUUCCAACUUCCAUGCAAAAUGCGACUGCUUCUGAUGAACAGAUGAAUACGGUAGAACCUAGCAUUGGCCAACAAAAUACUGAUUUCUCUGAGAAUAAUAUUAAAGACGAUCUAUUUUAGUCGAAAUUAAUUGAAAGAUUACGAUCUAAAUCAUUCAAAUAGUCGUAAAAUGAUAUUAGGCCUAUUCUUUUUGGCUGAACUUUUGCACCAGUUUGUCUUUCUUCCUCUCCAUUUCUUCUGGAAAGAAAAGGAAGAAAGAUAAACUGGUGCAAAAGUUCAGCCAAAAAAAAACAGACCUAUGAUCUACCUUAAAUAUAUGGCCUACUAUAUCUUCAUAGGACAUGACUGAUAUAAAGUAAUAUUACAAAACGCCAUAUUUAUUAGGUAUCAAACAAAGCAUAGUGAAUCUUUUUCAAUAUGUAAUUAAAUUAGGAUAAUCGACAUUUUUACUUGACACUUAAUGAUUUAUUUCAAUUGAGGAAAAGCUCACAAAUUACCAUAAAAUACGAUAUUGUUAAUUUGAUUUUUCAUAGCAAUAUAUUAUCUUUUUAUAUAUUAAGUUACCCGAAUAAAGAGGAGUUCGUAACA